GAGACCAAACAUUUAUUGUUACCCAAUUUUAUGUCUUCUCAUAUGUGAAUAUUUGUCCUAAAUGCAGGUUAUUUGGAAAUUCAUUCAUCCGAAGACGACAAUCCGAUUGAUAUGAGUUUAGGAGAAGGAACUAAUAUUAUUGUGCCCAAGGUUGGAAUGAAGUUUCAAGAUGAAAAUGAGGUGUUCGAAUUUUACAAGAACUAUGCGUACCAAAUCGGUUUUCCGGUGAGAAAAAGGUCUUCAAGGAAAGAUGAUGACGGCGUUGUACGUUAUGUAACUUUUACAUGUAGUCGGGAGGGUUGUCGACUCAGUGGUACAAAUGCAAUUAUGAAGCCUCAACCAACAAUGCAAACAGGCUGUAAAGCGAGAUUGACGGCGUGUUCAGAACUUAAUGGCAUAUGGCGUAUUAACACUAUUAAUCUGGAGCAUAAUCACAAAACAAGCCCAUCAAAAUCAAGACUAUAUCGAUGCAAUCGAGAAAUAAAUGCACGCGUAAGAAGACGACUUGAAAUAAAUGACGUAGCUGGUAUACCAUUACAUAAGAGCUUUAACUCAGCCGUAGUUGAAGCCGGUGGUUAUGACAAGAUUACAUGUGUUGAGAAAGAUUGUAGAAAUUUCAUUGAGAAAGUUCGACGAUUACGACUUGGUGAAGGAGACGCUGUUGCAAUACAAGCGUAUUUUUCAAAGAUGCAAGCAACCAGUCCUGGUUUCUUCUUUAAUAUAGACUUGGAUGACGAGGCCCGGCUGAGGAACGUGUUUUGGGCAGAUAAUAGAUGCAGGCAAGCGUGUAAGGAAUUUGGAGACGUAGUUACGUUUGACACCACAUACUUGACAAACAAGUACGAAAUGCCUUUCGCCCCUUUUGUUGGGGUGAACCAUCAUGGACAAUCAACUCUACUUGGAUGUGGUUUGAUCUCAAAUGAAGAUACAAGGACUUUUGUAUGGCUAUUCAGGACAUGGCUUCAAUGUAUGCAUGAUCAAGCUCCAAGUGGAAUAAUUACAGAUCAAGAUCGUGCUAUGCAGAAAGCAAUUGAAAUUGUGUUUCCGAACACAAAGCAUAGAUGGUGCCUGUGGCAUAUUUUAAAAAAGUUACCAGAAAAAUUCGGCGGCCAUGGAUACAAAGCUUCUAUUCUUGCUACUGUGCAUGGGUUGGUAUAUGAUGUGCAAAGUUGUGAGGAAUUCGAACAAGGUUGGAAUAAGAUGCUCGAAGAUUACGAACUACUAGAAUAUACUUGGUUGACUGGUCUUUACAAUGAAAGAAGUCGAUGGGUUCCAUGCUUUUCGAAAACUUCAUUUUGGGCGGGUAUGUCAACCACACAACGAAGUGAGGGUAUUAAUGCAUUUUUUGAUGGCUAUGUUCAUUCAAAAACAUCCCUCAAGCAAUUUGUGGAGCAAUAUGAGCGUGCAUUAAGAAGUAAAAUUGAAAAAGAGUUUCAAGCCGACUUCAAAUCAUUUUCACACAUGGUCCCAUGUGCAACCAAGUACGAAAUGGAGAAGCAAUUUCAAUCCGUUUACACAAUCGCGAAGUUCAAGGAGUUCCAAGAACAGUUCACCGGAAAGUUUUGAUACGAAAUCAAGUGAAAUUAGUUCCCGAUAAGUACAUUUUGAAGAGAUGGAGGAGGGAUGUGAACAGACCGUACAUGAGGGUUUCGAUCAAUUACCAUGGUUGGAUUAGUAC